CGCCGCGACGGGCAGCCGGGCUCGCAGGCAGCCAGCUCGGGCCCCUGCCCCCUCGGCUUCGUGCCCCCGGCGCCGGGCGGCCGGCGGGUCUGGAGCCCGCGCCGUCGCCGGCCGCGUCCCCCGGGCAUGGAAGGAGGCGGCAAACCCAACUCCUCGUCCAACAGCCGGGACGAUGGCAACAGCGUCUUCCCCGCCAAGGCGCCCGCGACGGGCGCGGGGUCGGCCGCGGCCGACAAGCGCCUGGGCACCCCGCCGGGGGGCGGCGGGGCCGGCGCGAAGGAGCACGGCAACUCGGUGUGCUUCAAGGUGGACGGCGGCGGCGGCGGCGGCGAGGAGUCGGCCGGGGGCUUCGAGGACGCCGAGGGCCCCCGGCGGCAGUACGGCUUCAUGCAGAGGCAGUUCACCUCCAUGCUGCAGCCCGGGGUCAACAAAUUCUCCCUCCGCAUGUUUGGGAGCCAGAAGGCGGUGGAAAAGGAGCAGGAAAGGGUUAAAACUGCAGGCUUCUGGAUUAUCCACCCUUACAGCGAUUUCAGGUUUUAUUGGGAUUUAAUAAUGCUUAUAAUGAUGGUUGGAAAUCUGGUCAUCAUACCAGUUGGAAUCACAUUCUUUACAGAACAAACAACAACACCAUGGAUUAUUUUCAAUGUGGCAUCAGAUACAGUUUUCCUUUUGGACCUGAUAAUGAAUUUUAGGACUGGCACUGUCAAUGAAGACAGUUCUGAAAUCAUCCUGGACCCUAAAGUGAUCAAGAUGAAUUAUUUAAAAAGCUGGUUUGUGGUUGACUUCAUCUCAUCAAUCCCAGUGGAUUAUAUCUUUCUCAUUGUAGAAAAAGGAAUGGAUUCAGAAGUUUACAAGACAGCCAGGGCACUUCGCAUUGUGAGGUUUACAAAAAUUCUCAGUCUCUUGCGUUUGUUGCGACUUUCAAGGUUAAUUAGAUACAUACAUCAGUGGGAAGAGAUUUUCCACAUGACGUAUGACCUUGCCAGCGCGGUGGUGAGAAUUUUUAACCUCAUCGGCAUGAUGUUGCUCCUGUGCCACUGGGAUGGCUGUCUUCAGUUCUUAGUCCCACUACUGCAGGACUUCCCACCGGACUGCUGGGUGUCUCUGAAUGAAAUGGUUAAUGAUUCGUGGGGAAAGCAGUAUUCAUAUGCACUCUUCAAAGCUAUGAGUCACAUGCUGUGCAUUGGGUAUGGAGCCCAGGCCCCAGUCAGCAUGUCUGACCUCUGGAUUACCAUGCUGAGCAUGAUCGUUGGGGCCACCUGCUAUGCCAUGUUUGUCGGCCAUGCCACGGCUUUAAUCCAGUCUUUGGAUUCUUCAAGGCGGCAAUAUCAAGAGAAGUAUAAGCAAGUGGAACAAUACAUGUCCUUCCAUAAGUUACCAGCUGAUAUGCGUCAGAAGAUACACGAUUAUUAUGAACACAGAUACCAAGGCAAAAUCUUUGAUGAGGAAAACAUUCUCAAUGAACUCAACGAUCCUCUGAGAGAGGAGAUAGUCAACUUCAACUGUCGGAAACUAGUGGCUACAAUGCCACUGUUUGCUAAUGCGGACCCCAAUUUUGUGACUGCCAUGCUGAGCAAGUUGAGAUUUGAGGUGUUUCAACCUGGAGAUUAUAUCAUACGAGAAGGAGCUGUGGGUAAAAAGAUGUAUUUCAUUCAACAUGGCGUUGCUGGUGUCAUCACAAAAUCCAGUAAAGAAAUGAAGCUGACAGAUGGCUCCUACUUUGGAGAGAUUUGCUUGCUUACCAAGGGACGCCGCACUGCCAGUGUUCGAGCUGAUACAUAUUGUCGUCUUUAUUCACUAUCCGUGGACAAUUUCAAUGAGGUCCUGGAGGAAUAUCCAAUGAUGCGGAGAGCCUUUGAGACGGUUGCCAUUGACCGACUAGAUCGGAUAGGAAAGAAAAAUUCAAUUCUUCUGCAAAAGUUCCAGAAGGAUCUGAACACCGGCGUCUUCAACAAUCAGGAGAACGAGAUCCUGAAGCAGAUCGUGAAACACGACCGGGAGAUGGUGCAGGCAAUCGCUCCCAUCAGUUAUCCCCAAAUGACAGCCCUGAAUGCCACCUCUUCCACCACGACUCCGACCUCCCGCAUGAGGACGCAGUCUCCGCCGGUGUAUACAGCGACCAGCCUGUCCCACAGCAACCUGCAUUCCCCCAGCCCCAGCACACAGACCCCCCAGCCGUCAGCCAUCCUGUCACCCUGCUCCUACACCACUGCGGUCUGCAGCCCGCCGGUACAGAGCCCGCUGGCCACUCGAACUUUCCACUACGCGUCCCCCACCGCCUCCCAGCUGUCGCUCACGCAGCAGCAGCAGCAGCAGCAGAUCCAGCAGCCCCAGCCCCCGCAGCCCCCGCAGCAGCCCCCGCAGCCCCAGACGCCCGGCAGCUCCACACCCAAGAACGACGUGCACAGGAGCACCCAGGCGCUCCACAACACCAGCCUGAGCCGAGAGGUCAGGCCCCUGUCGGCCUCGCAGCCCUCGCUGCCCCAUGAGGUUUCCACUCUCAUUUCCAGACCUCAUCCCACUGUGGGCGAGUCCCUGGCCUCCAUCCCUCAGCCCGUGACGGCUGUUCACGGCCCGAGCCUUCAGGCGGGGGCCCGGGGCACGGUCCCCCAGCGAGUCACCCUGUUCCGACAGAUGUCGUCGGGAGCCAUUCCCCCCAACCGAGGAGCCCCUCCCGCACCCCCUCCACCAGCAGCUGCUCUUCCGAGAGAGGCUUCCUCAGUCUUAACUACAGACCCAGAGGCAGAAAAGCCACGAUUUGCUUCAAAUUUAUGAUCCCUGCUGAUUGUCAAAGCAGAAAGAAAGACUCUGAUAAACUGAGAAUGUUCUCAGAAAUUAUUUUCUUCUAUCUCCUGAUAGAUUCCUAUAGCCUACUAUGAAGAGAUAUUUUAGACAGCUCUGGCCUACAUGCAAAAUGUAAAAUAUAUAAAUAUAUAUCUACUAUUCAAUAUCUAUCUAAAUUCCCAAGAGAGGUUCAAAAGACCUGUUUAGCAUUCAGUGUUAUAUGUCUUCCUUUCUUUAAAUCAUUAAAGGAUUUAAAAUGUUGUUGUAAGAUCAUUUAUUUUUAACCAACUUUUACCGAAUUCCUUUGAUAUAUGUAUUUCUCUAUUUUAUGAAGAGUUCUUGGAUUCAAUGGAAACAAAACUCUGAUUUUAAAAAGGCAACUCAAGUGAGCCACUGAAUAGCACCAACCAAAUCUUCUUUCAUUAGCUGUGUCUCUGCAUCUAAAUUGUUAAUCAUGAAUUAUGGAGGAUUGAAUGGCAAAUCCCACUUUAUAGAUCUAAAUUGUAUUUUGGUGCUUUCAAUUUUGAAUUAGGUUAGAUCACGUGGUAUGCUCGGCCAUGGCUGGAGACUAGCCUCGCCACUGUCCCGAGUAUCUCUAACCUCAAACACUUCCAUUGAUCUUUCAGAAAGCUGGGGGAUAUUUGUCUUCGUGUGUUACCGGACUUUUACCAAGACUCAAUCAAUGUUAGCUGUAAAUAACUUUUUCAACCCAAAUAAAAAUAGCUCUUCUGUGUUGUAUGAAGGUAAAAGUCAUCACUUAAGAAUUUAGUUUUAUUGCUUCACUUCAAAACUUAGAGUUUUAAAUUUUACAAAACCUAACUGUGACAGUUAUUCAACUGUAAUGCAAUGGCUUGAAACCUACAAUAUUAUUUUAACCUGCAAUGUUUUAUGCAAAAUUGUAUGCUCAAUUCUACAAAUUGCUUGUAUUACACCAAAAAUCAUUACUUUUCUUCCUUCUUGCCAUAAUCAAGCAUCUGAAAAUAGUCCCUGCAUGCUUUUUUGGAAAAA